UAGUAAAUACUAUAUAACAUUUUAAACCCAAAUAAAUAGUGUUAAGCGCAAGGGUAGCACCACGACGGAGAAACAAGGGUACUGCUCUCACUUGCAAUCUUGUUUGGCCUCGCCGUUCCUGAAGUCGGUGACAGCAAAACUGUCAAAAGCUUCCAACAGUAGGAUAGGAUAGGAUAGGAUGUCUCAAGUUGAACGGUCAAAAAGCUCUUCGGCAUUGGUGCCUGUGGAUUUGGAUGAAAAUUGUGUUAAAGCAAAGGGCAAUGUGCAAAAUGGAGAAUUUACACAAGCAGAGUCCAUCAUCCGACACUCCCAGAUACUACAAGGGGAUCUGCAUACAUUAGGUAUGAAAAUUAAGCAGCAUGAGGACAACCUAAAUCUUCUAAACAAUGAAAAAAGCAAGUUAGACGACUUCAUUCUUAAUUUGCAAGCUACUGUUGGGAGACCAGAGUCUUCAAGUACAAUCAAGGUUGGUAAUGCGGACGAUCCCCACCUUACAACUGAGGAGGUAAAUAAACAGAUAUUGCAGCAUGAAAAAUCUGCUGCUGGUAUUUUGUGCCAGCUGAAGACUCAUCAUGGAGCCCAGGUGUCUCUGCUUUCAUUAACAAAGGAUGUUGUGGGUAUUGUUGCUAUGCUGGGCAAAGUUGAGGAUGGAAAUCAUAGCCGACUUUUAUCGGAGUAUCUAGGAGUGGACACUAUGCGAGCGAUUGUUUGUAGAACCUAUGAAGGAGUUAAGGCUCUUGAAAUGUAUGACAAGGAAGGCUGCAUAAAUAAAAGUUCUGGUCUUCACGGGCUAGGUGCUUCUAUUGGAAGACCUUUGGAUGGUCGAUUUCUAGUGAUAUGUCUUGAAUCUCUGAGGCCUUAUACUGGCAAAUAUUUCCUUGAUGACUCCGAACGGAAGUUGGACAUUUUAAAGCCGAGAUUACCCAAUGGGGAGUGUCCACCUGGAUUUCUUGGGUUUGCUGUGAAUAUGAUUAAUAUCGACAGCUGGAACCUUUUUUGUGUAACUCCCAGUGGCUAUGGCCUCAGAGAAACUCUUUUUUAUAAUCUCUUUUCUCGUCUACAAGUUUAUAAGACAAGGGCUGAAAUGAUCCAAGCACUUCCUUGCAUAAGCGAUGGAGCUCUUUCUUUAGACGGUGGAAUGGUUAGGAGUUGCGGUGUAUUUUCCUUGGGCAAUAGGGAAGAUGUUGAUGUGAAAUUUCCAAAACCAGAUAGAUUAACUGAGCUUGAUGGCGAGAUCGAAACUGAGAGGCAAAUUAAGGAUAUCAAAUGGAAGAAGGAAAAGGUUCUGGAGGAUUUAAAAAGGGAACGGACUCUGUUGGACAUGGCGAAAUUCAAUUUCGGUAAAAAGAAGAAUGAUUUUCUCAAGUUUUUGGCGCAAAGUUCAUCAUAUGCAACUCAGGCUCAAACUACUCCUGACAGAUGAUGGGAACUUUCCAAUAAGAUUGCUUCAGAAGUCUUGACCUGUGAUGUAACUCACCAUUCUCAUAUGUAACUCACCAUUCUCAUAUGUUUCUUUAAUCUGACACUUUCUGGCUCAAACUACUCCUGACAGAUUCAUACCUGGAUGAAGAAAUCAAGGCAGUCAGCAAAGCUAUGAAGAUGAUAGUCUGUGACUAAGAACUUUGUUCAUGAGCUUUUAGUUCAUAUCCAUUUUGUAAUCUGGCUCUCGUUGGGGAAAGGUUUCUUGAAUUGGAACAAAAUUUCUGGAUUUAAAAAAAAAGCACAUUAUUUGUUUAGCUAGGACUUAAGGCCGCAUUUUUCUUCAAGCUCUGCUGAUAAGAAAAAUCAGACUAGCCUUCAAGACAAUGGAUUGGACAAGCAUUUUCUGGGUUCCUUGUACAUCAAUUAUCUCAUUAUACUCUUCAGUAGUGU